UUAUCUUUCUUUGAAAAUUCUAUUAUUUUAACUAUAAUGUCUGAAUUCAAUAAAUUCAUUCUUUAUAAUAUUUCAGUUGAAAUUUUUGACUGUGAGAAAGAAAUACUACUUCUCAAAAAUAAAUUAGAAGAAUAUAAUUCUAUUCAACUGAGAAAAGAGUCU